AUGGAAAGGGAAGGCAUUGGAAACGGUUUGGAGGAAAGGGUUGUACGAAAUGUAGUGAACAAUAGUGACGGCAAUGAAUGCAUUGCUUUCAAUGCAAACCAUUCCUCCGAUUAUUGUUUUGUUUGCAAAACUUUUUUCGACCGAAAUCUGAAGAAAAGUCGCCGAAGAAUACUGCGAGACAGGGAUGACUUGGUCUCACCACUGCUGCUCUUGCUAUGGAUGGCGCAGAGGACGGGCAUCUGGUUCUCCAACCACGACAUCCAUCUGAACGCCGGCCCUCUGGACCAAGAGGUGACCCAACACUUGCAGCAACAGUUCGCGUGUCGGAAGUGCUUCGAGAGAGUGAUUAAACUGCAGAGAGAUGUCCACAAUUUGGAGACCGAGAUGAAUGUGAUUCUGGAUCAGAGUUGUGACACUCUGUUGGAGUUGAAUAUCAUUAGAGGCGAUGAGGAGAGAGUGAAAGAACUGAAGUCUGAAAUACAGCUCAAGACUGACGACAGCCUGAAGACUAAAAAAGUGAGAAAAACUAAAACUAAGAAAAAGACUAAACCUUUGGUUAAGAAGAAGAAGAAAGCGGCCAAUACUUCGCCACAACAACCGCCACAACAACCACAACAACACAUCCAAAAGACUAAACAAAUUCUAGUAUUAGCCAAAGGACAGGAAGGGGAGGGACAGCAGCUUCUGGUCCUUCAGGUGCCCGCACAUGACGAUGAGGGCGAAGACAGUCAAUCAUCUGGUAAUCAACUGAUAGAAUACAACCCGAAUGUCGACCAUCACUACCAUAACGAUGAAAAUGAAGCCGUUUUUCUCAGUUCUAAUGCCAUUCCUGUGACCACUUGUGUGACCGUCACUUCUGACGACCAGCUUUUAGAGGUUCAGUUGGAACACAACAAUGAGGAGAGCACUGAAGAUAGAGGUGAAGAACUGGAAGACGUGAGAGUCGGUGACCGACAGGACAUUGAGAUGAGAGAAGAGGACGAGACCACAGAAGCUGUUAAUACUAUUCCGGCCGAAGAGAAGGAUUGGGACGUCUAUAACAACGACGGCGUUAUUGUUGUCAACCAAAUGAGUCAUAAGAGGAAAGGCGAGGACUCGGAAGUGGUAACCGCUAUGUUAUCCGAUGAUGAUUACGAAACGGAUGCAAAGAAAAAGCACAAAAAAUCUAAAGAAAGUUACAAUAAGAGGACAUACAGUCCCAGGUCUUCAUCACCUCUUCCACCGGCCGGAGAGUCCAAAGUUGUCGUUCAGCUCUUGUAUGGCAGCAAACAAUGGAAGCGAACGAUGGAUGGAGACAUCAAAUCGAUAAUAAGAGAUUUGGCUCUAAGAAGACCAGAUCCGGCCGGACGUAAGAUCGCCGCCUCGGAUAAGCUGUGUUCGGCUGUUAUGAAGAACUACUCGAAGCGAUUGGUUGCCGAAUGCAAGGAAGCGGCGCGAACUAUACGAGUGACAGACCAUCAGGACGUGACUCAGUUGGAUAUGAAGACAUUCACUGAUGAAGUGUUCCUCAAGUGUCCAAAAACAGCGACUUUAAUCAAAUCCUUGAUUCCGGUGGAGCCCAGGGAUACACUGGACGAGCACUCGGCCACUGCUCUCAUAUUGGGUGUCAUACUAUACAUGCAUUCCAUGCAAUCAAAUACAUUACAACAUAUUCUGAGUUAUGUGUUGAGGCGCGCCGGUUGUAAUCGCGACGGCUUUAAAUUCUUCCAUUCGUUAGGUCUGACACUCAGUUAUACCAGUAUUUUGAAGAUAAUGAAUGACAUCGACGCCAAACCAGACAUCGAAAAGUCCUCUUUAGAUACUAUAGAAAAGUCCAUCGAUUCGGUUGUCGUCCGAACAAAGAUUGAGGCGAAGAACGAAUCCAAGAAAAAGAGCGCACAAGUGGUCACUCAAGAGACCACUCAAGUGGGAGAUCCCGUUCUCCUGCAGUUCACACUUCCCUACUAUCAGACGACAACAUUCGCCACGAGUCGCACCCCAUCCCUCACUUACACCACUAAUCAGUUAACAAACACCAGUCAAACCACAUAUACAGCCGUUCCUUUCGAGGCCACUGACUCAUCAAAUGUCUAUAAUUCUCAGUAAUAAUCAAUAAUUUCUAAACAAAGCAAUCGUUAGGACUUAUUAGACACAUAAAUGUUUCGUUACAUUGAAAUCUAUGAACUUUAACCCC